AUGAUUCCAGCAUGCUUCAGCCACCCUAACACACUGUCAAGCAGCUCUCAAGUGCCUCAAAACCUUAUUACCUCCAUCUACCAAACUCAACUCUGCAACUCGCCAACGUAUCUCACACUUACAUGGUCAAAAAACCUCUUCUCCCAUUCCUUAACAAUCUAUGCUGCUGACUCCUUCUCCAUCACCAUUUCUCUUUCCCCCUCAGCCUUCUCAUUUUUCAGAAACAGACCAGGCUCCAAAUCCAUCUAUUUAACCCACCAUCAUUACCAAAGAAUCAAGCUAUAUUGGGACUUCACCAGGGCCGAGUUUGCUGAAAACUCAGCUGAGCCAGAGUCUUGCUUCUACAUUGCCAUUUCAUGCAAUGCCAGGCUAGAAUUCUUCCUUGGGGAUCUCCAGGAUGAAUUGACCAGGCGUUCUGGUUUGGUCAUGGCUCGCCAACUGCUCCCUGAACCAACGCUCUUGUCCAGGAGAGAACAUGUAUUUGGACGAAAGAGUUACAUUUCAAGAGCUAAGUUCUUGGGUUCUAAACAUGAAAUAGGCAUAGAAUGUGGAGGAGGUGUUCUGAAGGUAAAAGUUGAUGGUGAAACAAGCCUCGUUAUAAAAAGAUUAGCAUGGAAAUUUAGAGGGAAUGAGAGAAUUUAUAUCAACGGAAUUGAAGUAGAAUUUUAUUGGGAUGUGUUCAAUUGGGUCAAUAGUGACAAUAAUAGUAAUACCAAUGGUCAUGGUGUGUUUAUUUUUCAAGUUGGUGAUGGUGGUGUAUGGCCUGAAAUGGUAGGGCCAGAGAAGAGGUUGAUGAGGAAAAGCUUGUCAUCGGUGGCGGGUUCGGCACCGAUGCCAUCGAUGAGUUUGUCGCCAUCUCCGUCGUGUUCAAGUGUGCUGCAGUGGGCGGAGGAGAGCAGUGAUGGUGGAAGAAGCUCAUGCUCUUCAUCUACUAGGUCAUAUGGGAUCAAUGGAGGAUUCUCUUUGUUGUUGUACGCUUGGAAGAAGGAUUGA